AUCGUGACGUCAGGGUAAAGGCUAAGUUAAAAUCAACAUGGAAGUUGAUGGCGCUGAUAAUUAGCCGAAAUUGAGGAACGUUUAGAUAACGUUACAUUAAUAGUGUUAAAUUAAUGAAGAUUCACUGUCCGGCUGAAGAAACACAGGUGGGGAAGAAUAUUAACGAUGGCUUCCAACAUGAAGUGUUGGUCUAUAGAAGAAAAAAAGAAGCUAUGUGAUUUGCUUCAAAUCUUUCCCCACACAUCAUACCAGAUCAUAGCUCGAAAGUUGAGGACUAAAUCAGAGGAUGAGGUUCGAUGGUACAUCAACAACAAAUUGAACAUUUUGGAAAAGAAUCAAACAAAUUUCACUAUGAAGAAAGAGACUAUACACAAGGCGCCUCUGGAAGAAUGGUAUGAUGUGGCUGCAGAUCUUGUUGGUUUAGAACCCUGCGACUAUUCAGCAAAUCUGGCAAAGGUUUUCUCCAUGAUCUCCUACUUUGAGGACUUCCCUGACGAUUCCUGUGCCGACAAUUAUCUUGACUACAGGGCCAUCUACAGGUUCCUGGCCCAGUGUAUGCGAGAAGAGAACUAUGAAGAUGUUGAGACACUUGGCUCCCUAGAGAGCAGUGUAGUAGUGGACCUGAUGCACAGCCUAAUGGAGGUGCUGAGUACGAGGGACACGUUUGUGCAGUCCCACGUGAUGCAGUGGAAGUACCAGCUGAUGGACCACCGCGAUGAGGCCAGGAUAGUCGAUCCUCGCCUGCUGAGAAUGGCCGCUGAUAAUGAUUUUGAAGCCUUUGUCGAGGAAGUUUUCAACAAUCUGAAGGAAAACCCUGAUGCUGAUACUGAAAUUGAAUGCACUUCAGAUCAACUUUCCAAAAGAAAGUCUGCGGCUGAAAAUGCUGAUGUAGCGACAACACCAUCAUCAAACAGAAAAGCUGCAAACCCUGCCGAAGUCUUAGUAUCCACUUCCUCGGAACAGAGCAUCUGUAGUGAAACAGCUUCUGGUACAUGUAGCACAUCAAGAUUCACCGCAGAUGUGACAGGAGCCAGUGUGAAUCAGCCCAGUAAAGAGACAGCAUAUCCUGCUGUUUCACCUUCCGGUUCCCAGCAGCCGGGUAAAGCAACAGGAAAUCCUGCUGGAUAUCUUUCUGGUUCCCAGAAAGCAGCAGCUGCUUCUUCACCUCUAACUCAGGCCUAUGUUGGGAGUUGUGCUCCCAUUUUGGAUUACAAACGAGGAUUAGGAAGACCACGCAAACACGAGCUUCCAACCAACGUUAAGGAGGAGAAUGUAAUUAUUGUGCCCUUUCCGCCCACUGUAAACAGCAGUGUAAGUAACUUAAAAAGGACCCCUGAAAAAAGUCAAGUCACUGCGAGCCCUGUUGUGAAAAUCACACCAGUUUCCCACCAGGUGCCUAUGGAUCAUCCAGAGUCUGAAUUGUUCACACGGAAGAUGGUAUCUCUCUUGCCAUUCUCCAUAAAACCCAAGUUGGGAGAACCACCAGCGAGACUUAAACCCGGCAAGAAGGGCAAGUUUGACCAAGAAAUAACACCAAGAACUGAGAUUGUUGUUGUCAUGCCCCCACAGGGAGCAACAAUUGUUCAAGCUGUCGUUAGAAGUAGAGGUAAGUUUGCAGAGCAUGAGCACAUGAUUGAAGAUGAUGUAAACAGAGAGUAUUAUUGCAACAUACUCCGCAGUGACUGCCCAGAGAAUACUGACAGAUCUCAGCUGCAGCAAAAGGCUAUAUCCCCUGCUCAGAGUAAAGCAGCUAAAGCAUUGGCAAAAAAGAAAAUAUUGCUGGCUAGGAAACGAAAAUUUGAAGCUAUAGUGAAAGCUGCGAAAGAAAGAUCAGCACCCUGUAAGAAGCCCAAAGUCUAUUCAUUGAAUCCAUUUUGUUUACCUGUGAGUUUGAUAGAUCUUGACCAGUGAAUUGGUAGCAGCACUGAUGCUUUAUAAGUGAUUUAAUGUAAUCCUGCCUAAAAAAGUUUGGUUUAUAACUUUGAAAUGGUUUCAUUAAGUUCAUUUACAAGGCUUUUUAAACUGUAAUGAUGCUGUUGGUUUGUUUCUUUUCAUUGUAAAUAAAUGUGAGAUUUGA